UCAUAGUUAAGAACGGAUGAUGUAAUCUCACUCAAAAGAUCAUGGAGCGCUUUUCAAGCAUAUUCCUCUACACUCUUAGUGUGCUGUGUUUCACCUCAAUACUGCCUCACCUGGCAUCAGGAAAAAAGUUUCGCUGGUGCACUUUGUCUGAUGCUGAGCAGAGGAAGUGUUCCCAUCUGGCCCGAUCUCUUCAAACCAUUCUGCGUCCCAAUGAUCCGUUCUCCAGGGUUUCUUGUGUCAGAGGUCAUGAUACCAAGGACUGCAUGAGCAAGAUACGGGGAAAUAAGGCAGAUGCAGUGUCACUGGAUGCGGGGGAAGUGUAUACGGCCAUCCAGCUGUAUGAUUUAACAGCUGUAGCAAAAGAACAGCACGCAGAAGGGAGCUGUGUGUUUGCAGUGGCAGUCACCCGGCGUGGUACCUUAAAUUUGCAUUCCCUAAAAGGGUCCCGCUCUUGCCACAAUGGAGCCCGAUGGACAACAGGCUGGAAUAUCCCACUAGGAUUCAUGCUUUCCAAGAACCUCCUCUACUGGGAUGAGGAGCAGCCCCUGAGUAAAGCUGUUAGCAGAUAUUUUACUGCCAGCUGCGUUCCGGGUAUUGGGAUCUCAUCACCCAACCUAUGUGAACUUUGCAUGGGAUCCAAAUCCUACGUACGGGACAAGAAUCACUUUUGUGAGACAAGCAGCAAUGAGCCCUUUUCCGAUUCCGAAGGAGCAUUCAGGUGUUUGCAGAGUGGUUCAGGAGAUGUGGCAUUCAUUGAUCACUUGGCUAUAAUGAGAGCAACAGAUGCAGAAUUGCAAGAAUAUGAACUUCUUUGUCCAGACGGUUCUACGGCUCCUCUGACUUCCUUCAAGAUUUGUAACCUUGGACAAGGCCCGAACAAAGCUAUAGUAACACGAGGUCUCAUGCGUAGGAUCACAAAGCGAUUUCUCACUCUGAUACAGGGUUUGUUUGGGCCUAAUGGGAGACAGCAAAGUCGUCUUUCACUUUUUACUUCAGACUCCUUUGGGGGGAAAAACCUCCUGUUUCAUGACUCCACACAAAAACUUCAAAUCAUAAACGAUGAUGUGGACAUGACUGGUAUACUGGGACUGGAUUAUAUUGCUCUCCUGAAAGGUCUUGGGCAUGAAGGUAUCUCUUUGGACAACAGUGUUAUCCGCUGGUGCUGUAUCAGUUCAGCUGAGCUACGGAAGUGUGAGGACUGGGCAUUGAAUGUGAGGUCAGAUCCAAUGGUCUGCAUUCAAGCAACUUCUUUAACUGGGUGUAUUGAGAUGAUCAAGAGAAAUGAGGCUGAUGCUGUCUCACUAGAUGCCACUCAUGCAUACAUUGCCGGCAGAUGUGGUCUGCAACCAGCUGCUGUUGAAUAUUGGGGUGAUCAAUCUGAUUGUGUGAUGGACAUUGAUGAAAAGCAGCACAAUUACACUGAGAGAGGUUUCCCAUCUCUUUAUGCCUUGGCUAUUUCCAAGAAGAAUACAAAAGCUGUAACUCUCCAUACCUUGAGUGGACGUCGAUCCUGCCAUGGAAACCUGUACAGUCCAGCAGGGUGGCUCUUGCUUGCUGAACACACAGUGCGGGUUAAAAAGAAUGAGACAUGGGACUGUGACCUCAAUUCAGCUUAUGAGAACUAUUUCUGGAAAGGAUGCAUGCCAGGGGCAAAGGAUGGUCUAUGCAAGGUAUGCAUAGGCUGGGAAGAGGAUGGCAGAGUUAAUGGAAGAUGUUAUGCCAAUCAUGAUGAGCGUUACUAUGGCAACAUGGGAGCCUUGAGGUGUCUAGUUGGAGACCCUGAUGGGCGCAGCUUUGGGGAUGUGGCAUUCCUGGAGCAUCACUCACUUUGGGCAAACAUUAAAAAUCUAGAAAGGACUGGCUGGAUGAAUGGACUCAGUGCCUCAGACUUUGAGCUGCUCUGUCCAAAUGGUGAACGAGCUGCUCUGACUGACUGGAGGAGAUGUAACCUGGGAUCAGUCCCUCCCAAUGUGGUGAUGACACGUCCUGUAAUAACAGCCAAAAUCCAUGACUUUGUCAUGAAAUCACAGAAUAGCUUGGGGCCAGGCAAAAACUCAAAAUUCCAGCUUUUCAAGUCAAUGGAUGUCUAUGGAGAGGGCGAUCUGCUAUUUAAAGAUUUCACUUCAUGUCUCCUUCCUGUUGGCCAACGCAGUUUACAAGACAUACUAGGAGAAAACUUCAUGGAUCUUGCAGACUCUGUGUUUUCCUGCACACAAGCGGGUAUUUUAGACUUUUGCAACACAGACAUUUGUGCGGACACCAAGAACUGAACUGAACCAGAGAUUCACAGAGACAGACUGUUUCAAACAAGCAUUCAUACUAUCAAUGACGUGCAAUCCAGUGUUGUAAUACAUCAUUCUACAUCAGAUUAUUUUGCAUGGAGUGAUCUUUCAAAAAGGUAAAGGUUUCUUGGUUGGAUAGUUAUAUUUCCAUUAUUUGUGGAAGGAUCUGAAACAUAUUAUCCAACUCUGUGUUGGUUCAAGUGCUGUAUAGUAUCCUGUUAUUUUUGUUAGUUUUGUUAGAGACCAGCUUAAAAAAUAUAUAUAUAUAAUCCUUUCACAUAAAAGAACACUAUAUUUAAAAAUAUUCUGACCAAUUAAGUAAUUUAUAAAACACAUGGAUGACCAGGUUGCUUUCAGGCAGGUACUGAUUGAAUCUAUAUUAUAUAAUUAAAUCACAACUAAAUAUAGUAAAAGAUAUUUCACAAUCCUCCUCCCAGAAAGACGGUGAGACUCUAAAAGUGCACUUGACAAAUAAAAUGCUAUAUCCGAAUUCUGAAAGUGCCAAAUACAUAAAGAGUGCAAUAUUAAGUGUUCUGACAUGCAGGAACUGUAAUACCUUGCAUCCAAAAGGUUAGUGUAAAAACUGUAAGUAUAUGGAUGCAAAAAUAUAUUUACCUGCUCAUGCCUCCUGUAUGGCUGCCACAAUGAACGGGGCACAUUUCAUGCCCACAAAUGGUACUGGUUGCAUCCCACAUCUGGUGUGUAAAUGCACUCUACAUAUAGUAGUACGCCACUUUAACAUUUUUUGCUUUGCAGAACAGAUAUAGCAUAACCAGAGAUAUAUGUGUUCUAGAUCUGCCCUAUGCAUUCAUUCUGCAAAUAUUCAGUCUCACAGAUGUGCCUUAGUCCGUUUAUUGGGGUAUCACAUUCUGGAAGUUGCAACAAUCCUCGUAGGUUCCAGGGGUGAACAGUGAUGGACUAUUGGUAUGAUGGGUAUAUGUGUAUAUAGGCCUUGUUUUUCCACAGCAUUUGUUUCACUUGGGGUUAGGAUACUUAUAUAACACAGUGGUGUUUUUAUUGAAAUAUGAGCU